AUGAACAGGUUCAAAGAGACAAGGGAUCAGAUAGUACUAGACAACAAGCCGUUCAUCCCGCAGGCAGAGAUCGGCAAAGCUGCCUCUAGCGUCAUCAUAGAGUUCAACAAGCCAGGGGAUGCCAACAAGAUCAAAGACGAGGGCCUGGUCUAUCAGGACAAGGUCUUCCAGUGUGAGCGAUACGAGAGGACAGUGCCGAUUGAAGCAGUGCUGCAAGUGCCAAUUCUACGGCCACAUUAG